AUGGCUGUGUUCAAUACAAAAUUUUCUGGAGUUUCAAGUCCCCCAGUCAGAUCUCCAGGGGGGACAGUUUUGAGCAACGCUGUCACAAAGAAGAGAUUAUCAUUGAAAGAUAGUAUAAAUGCAUGUAAUGUGAAGAUGAUGGCUCAGGCUGGAAAAAUCAGCAAUGCAAUCCAAGAAAUGGAAAGUAUGAGCAUUAAGAUCAUGGGCAUUAGUGAAAUGCGAUGGCCAGGUUCAGGUUCUUGUAACAUCAAAGAACACAGAAUUUACUACUCAGGAACUUGUAAUGGACAGUAUAAGUCUGGAGUAGGAUUUAUAGUAUUGAAAGCAAUUGCAGAAUGUGUCAAUAAUUGUGUACCUGUUUUAGAGAGAGUGAUAUUACUCCAGAUAAGUACUCUACCUGCACAACUGAACAUUAUUGAGGUCUAUGCUCCAACAACAGACCAUAGUGAUGAAGAAGUUGCAGAAUGUUAUUCCCAAAUCUCAGGUGUUUUGCAACAUCUACCAAAGAAAGAUCUUACAAUAAUUAUAGAGAUUUUAAUGCCAAAAUAG